AUGAAUAGCUUCAUCGUUACAAUUUUUCUUAACACUCUGUAUGGGUUGUUUCUAUGUCGCUUUAAGAACCGCCGCGAAAAGUUUGUGUUUUCAAAGCCGGUGGCGAUAUAUUGUGUUGUCGUCGCCUCCGCCUUUGCUGCGUUCUAUGUGAGAAACAUUUAUGAGAACUAUAUCAAUGGACUAUUGAAGAUGCGGGACACAGUCUUGCUUUACCUGGACAUGAACGUGGGUUUGUGUCUGAUCAAUUAUGUGACCCAGUGGGCAAUGACGUGGGAGGUCACGGCUUUUCAAAAAACCAUACCAAUAAUCGAAACGCUCAACAGCUUUAACAUGGAUAUGGCCUCGAUCUGGAGAAUUUUUAUAGUGAGCGCCAUCAAAAUGUGGGGUUUUCCCGUUGUCGUGGGAGUGGUACUUAUUCUACAGCAAGGCCGGUCUAGCUUGACUUUUUCUGUGAUGCGCGCAUCUCAGACUCUAUUUCCUCUUAUAGUCGGCAAUCAGUUGAACAACUCGUUCUUUGGUAGCGUGGUUGUUGCCAAGGUGGUGUUGACUGCGUGCAAUAAGGAACUGCGUAAAGUUCUCCUGGAGGUGAACAUGAUGCAAACUCCGCUCCAGAUGAGACUAAACAAACCCUACUACCGCAUGAAACGAUUCUGUGAGCUAGCCGAUUACCUGGACGAUCUGGCACUGCGAUACACUAUCGCGAUCACUCGUUCCAUGGACUAUUUGCGACUGACAGCGCUCUCACUGAUUUGCUCUCUGCUAAUUAAUCUGGUCGGAUUCACCGUGGGUUUUUUUAACCAGUACCAGGCGAUUGCAGAUCACUUCAUCAACGGCAAGCCCUAUGACCUGAUUUAUGAAUUUACACAUUUUGUGUUUCUUCUGGUUCCGUUUCUUGAAAUCGCGCUGUUAGCCCGUGUCAGCAAUUCCGUUGUGGAAGAUACUUUGGAGACAGGAAAUUUGCUUCAGCGUUUUGAUCUACAAUAUGCCGACGUGCGUUUUCGACAGGUUGUGGAAACCUUCUGGUUGCAGCAACGUACUAUUAAGUACAAACUUUUGCCGUUGGGAGUUAUAGAACUUAACGUGGGGCUGGUAACCAAAAUGAUGUCAGCCGUCACCAGUUUUCUUCUUAUUCUUAUACAAACAGAUCUGACUCUUAAGUUUUCAAAGUAG